AUGAACCAAGCUCAGGUGUUCUUCUUCGGCAUGGCGUACGGGCAGUACCUGGCUGGUGGCGUGGGCGCACCCCCCGGCGGCGGAGGCGAGGACCCGAACCGUCCGUGGCGCCCUACGUCGUCGCACGAGGCGGACGCCGUCCCGGCGGGGCAGCAGCACAAGAAGAAGGCGGCGGUCUGCAACCGCAGCAGGAACGAGUCCGGGGACGGGCCUCACCCCUGCCCUGUCUGUCACCGCCGCUUCGACUGCGCCAAGGCCGUGCACGGGCACCAGCGCAGCCACCCGGAACGCGCCUGGCGCGGCAUGGCGCCGCCGGCCGAGCCGCCUGUAGUUGCCGUUACUGCCGACGGGAGGCAGCUGCGCUACGCGUGCGAGCGCUGCAGGGCCCAGUUCGAGACGCGCCAGGCGCUCGGCGGCCACCGCGCCAGCCACAGUGGCAGGCUCGGCUGCUACUGGCUCUCCAGGCAGCACCAGGACGGGCCGGCGCAGCAGGUCGUCAUGCCCUUCGAUCUGAACGAACCGCCACUGGAGCAGCAGCAGGACGAGGAGGAUAAGGACAAGGAGAAGGAGGAGUAG